UAAGAGCAGCUGCUUUGUGGCCCUUAGCAAGAGAGCAGGAUGGGUGUUGUAGGACAAUCUAGGACUGCAUUUGGAGCUAUGCUCUUCUUGGGGUUUCUUGGUCUCCUGUUUUUGGUUAUGGGAGCUCAGGGUAGUGUUUUUUCUGAUCCCAGUCUGCUGGCUUGUGGUCAAGAAAGCAUGCAGCUCACCUUAUCUUCAGGCUGGCAAGGGAAUGCUACCUUUGUGUUGAUUGCUUGGGAUAUUGAGGGGAAGGCACAUGCUUUGCAGAAUGACUCAGAGUGUGGGCUCUUGGUACUUGGGACUUCAGAUGGCUCCCAGACAGUAAUGAUCUCCUACGCUGGCUGUUAUGUCUUUGAAUGGGAUGGCCAUUAUCUCAUGCUGGUCGGGCUUGAAGGAAGUGAUGCUGCUGGACAAAAAGUUCUUCAUGAAGAGAAGCUGCUCAGGUGCCCUGUGGACCUUCCUGCCCUGGAUGCUCCAAGCAGCAGUGUCUGCUCUGCUGUACUCAGCCAAGACCGACUGCUGUGUGCCUCCUUGCCUAUCAACCAAGGAGACUGUGAAGUGCGAGGCUGCUGCUAUGACCCUAGGGAUAGGGUGAUGCCUUGUUACUUUGGUAACAAAGUGACAGCUCAUUGCACACCGGAUGGCCAUUUUUCCAUUGCUGUCUCUCGGGAUGUGACCCUGCCACCUGUUAUCCUGGACUCUGUGCAACUGGCCAGUGGACACAGUAGUGGCUGUGUGCCUGUUGUGAAAAACAAUGCAUUUGUUGUGUACCACUUCCCGCUCCCUGCCUGUGGCACUACUUUUCAGGUGACUGGAGACCAGGUCAUAUAUGAGAAUGAGUUGGUGGCAUCCAGGGAUGUGAAGACUGGGAAGCUUGGCUCUGUCACUAGGGAUAGCACUUUCAGGUUACAUGUCCGCUGUAGUUACUCCACCAUUGGGAGCCUCAUUCCCUUGAGUGUUCAAGUCUUCACACUGCCUCCACUCCCUGCUGUGUCCCAGCCAGGUCCUCUGUCCUUGGAGCUGCGUAUUGCCUCAGAUGGAAGCUAUACUUCCUACUAUACUGACAGUGACUAUCCUAUUGUGAAGACUCUGAGAGACCCUGUUUAUGCAGAAGUCAAGAUCCUUCAGAGAACAGACCCAGACCUGAUUUUGGUCCUGCACCACUGCUGGGCCACAGCAAGUGUCAAUCCCCAGCAACAGCUGCAGUGGCCUGUUUUGGUGGAUGGGUGCCCUUAUACAGGGGACAACUAUCAGACACAGCUGGUGCCUCUGAGUGUUACCUCAGGACUGCUGUUCCCUUCUCAUUACCAGCGUUUCACCCUCUACACAUUCACCUUUGUGGACUCCACUUCUCAAGAGAUGCUCUCUGGGCUGGUGUACCUGCACUGCAGUGCUUCAGUGUGCCACAGAUCUGUACAGGAGUCCUGCACUACCUCUUGUCCUGCUACAGCCAGGAAUAAAAGGAGUGCUGAGCAUCCUCUUGAGGAUGGUGCCUCACAUGUCUGCAGCAAAGGCCCUGUGAUUUUCCUCCAAGAUGAGAUAAGAUGGGACACAGCCAAGGAUGGCCUUGGAGCAGAUAUGAAUGCUGCAGCCCCCUGGGCUCUGGGGUUUGCUGUUGCAGCAACUGGUGCAGCUCUGUGCAUGGUGUUUGUGGCUGCUGUGCUGUGGUGCAGGAAGGGGUCUGUAAUGCAUGAAGUCAGUAUAUUGCAAUAAAGCAGUUGUAAAAUCCA